CUCAUGGUCACGGUAUUAAUUUAUUGAUUUUCAGGAGUGCGCUAGAAUCGCCAAAGGAAGGGCUACAAAACUAUAUCAAGACUCUGUUUCUAACUACUACCAGUAUGAUAUCCAAACCAUCUGAACACAAUUUACCGCCUCAUUUUUUUCAACAAAAUAAUCGAAAAAUGUAAAUUUUUGUAGUAUUUUGAUAGAAAAUCUAUUUUUUAACGUAGGAGAAAAAAAGCAAUUCUUUGAAAACGUUUGACUAAACCUUUAUGAAAGUAGUUAGCAGAAUCUUUCUAUGUAUGGUUCGAUGUGUUUUCAACGGUGAAAACCGUAGAUCUCUAUCUUGUUCCUAUCAAAAGUUAUUCAAAAAAUGUCCACAGCCAUUUAACUCUGAAAUGAACAUUAGUUUCAAUCAUUUCAAAAUACUGCAAUUAUCAUUUGAAAAAUAUCUUCUUCGAAAUAAAUACUCACUUUGAAGUAUCAUUUAUAAACAAAAAAAAAUAUCUCCUAUCAAAUCAAGUUGAGAAAUUUAAAAAUUUCAGGUGAUUCAUCUGAUCGUCUUCUUCAAGCUGCUGAUCGUGAUGUUAGUCCAAAUGAAAUUGUUCGAUCAUCAUUAACACCACAAUUUCAAUUUCAAUUAACACUUUCAACACCACCACCAAUAACAUGUUCAUAUAUACUUGAUUAUGAACAAGCUCGUCAAGUAUUUCUAUUUGCAAUGGAUAAAAUAAAUUCAUCUAAAUCUUAUUAUAUUCUUGAUGGUUUUGUAACUGAUCAUGUUGAAUUAUGUCAAGAUACAAGUCAAUUAUAUUCAAAAUUAAUAUUUUUUGAAUCAAAUAUUGAUCGUAAAUGUAAAAUGCAUAAACGUCGUAUUGAUAUAUUAUCAUCAUUAUGUAAAGAAAUAAGUGAAGAACAUUAUUUAUAUUUAGUACGUCAAUUACUUUUUGAAUUAGGUGAAUGUUAUUCAAUGUUACUUGAUCUUAAAUUAGAACAAAAAUAUGAUUUAAAUUCAUCUAAAACAAUAGAAAAAAUUUCACAUUUAAUUCAAUUAGGUAUUUCAACAUUUGAACAUUUUCUUUUAACAAUGAAUGAUAAAAAAACAAAUGAAAAACCUGAAAAUUAUGCUGAUGAAUAUGUUCGAUCUGUUUUAUUAGCAUAUUUUUAUAUUGGAAGAUUUCAUUCAAAAUCUAUUCAUGAUCGUAUUGAACAUAUUCAACAAAGUUUAAAUCAAUAUAAAAUUAUUGUUGAUUAUGUUGAUAAACAUCCAAAUGUACUUGAAUAUAUCGAACAAGAAUAUAAUAUUUGUAAAGAAAUGAUUAAUUUAUUACCAUUAAAACUUGAAAAAUUACGACAAAUUAAAUAA